AUGAUCAAACCUGGAUCUGCAGUGCCCUCUAAAAUAAGGGAAAGCACAAGGUUUUACCCCUACUUUAAGGAUUGUAUUGGUGCAAUUGAUGGCACCCAUAUUCCAGCGAUGGUAAAAGGUCGCGAAGUAAGCAGCUAUCGUAAUCGUCAUGGAAUUCAGUCUCAAAAUGUUUUGGCAGCUUGCGACUUUGAUUUACAAUUCAUAUAUGUGCUAAGUGGGUGGGAAGGUUCGGCACAUGAUUCAAAAUUGUUAAAUGAUGCCUUAUUAAGGAGAAAUGGACUUGAAGUUCCUCAAGAAAAUGAUUCACCAUCUUCAUCCUAUCUAGAUAUGGAAGAUGAGAAUCUUGAACUACUUUCUCAAAGUCAACAACGACAAAGAGCAGAGGCUAAUGCUUGGAGGCUUACUAUUGCUGAAGCUAUGUGGGAAGAUAGACCGCGAAAUGAUGAUAAUGAAAGUCAAGAGAAUAACAAUGAUACUCAAGACAAUGAGAAUGAGAAUAAUGAGGAACAUAUGGAUGACGGGGAACAAGAAGGUUAUGAUGAUAAUGAGGUUGGAAUGGAUGAGUAUGCAGCUUUCUAAUGUACAUUUUUAAUUGCCUUUGCAUUUUUCAUAAUGUAUUCCUUUGGUUGUCUUUACGUUUUU